AUGGUCAACUCUCUCGCCAAUCACGGCUACCUGCCUCGCACCGGGUUGAACAUCUCUCUGGCAGAUCUCAUCGUUGGCUUUACUGCCGCUGUGAACUUGGAUCCCGCCGCAACCACACUGGUUGGACAGAAGGCUCUCCUUACGUCCACCACCGGCAACAACGCCACCUUCAACCUGGACGACCUCAACACUCACGGAGUCAUCGAACAUGAUGGCAGUUUGAGCCGCAACGAUAUUUAUUUUGGCGACAACCAUUCCUUCAACCGAACCAUUUGGGAGUCCGUGGCAUCUCACUUCACCGAGCCGACAAUCUCAAUCCCCACUGCAGCAAAGGCCAGAAAGGCCCGUCUUCAGGCUGCCGCCAGUGUCAAUCCGGAGUUCACCCUGACGGCCGAUGGUGCUCAGUUCAGCUUUAUUGAGACUGCUCUUUACCUCUCUGUGUUUGGCAACUUGGAUAACGGCGAUGCCAACACUGAAUGGGUCAAGGUUCUCUUUGGAAUUCUUGGCUUGGUUGGCAAGGUUGCGGUAGCAAGUGCCUAA